AUGUCUUCUGCACAAAAAAAGGGGGAAGAUCCCCGCUUUUGUGGGCGGCGAGCCUGUUGGUAUCGUGAAUCUACGAGACAGGGUCCCAAAUCGAACCCUUCUGCUAAGGGUGAAAAGUAUCCUGAAAAAGUGGGAUCGGGUGCCAGCAACCAAGAGAAAAGGACCUCAUCCACUGCAAUAGUUCCCAUAAUACCCCACUGUUCGAUAGAAAUAAUAACUCUCGCGGAAAACUCCUUUGCACCAAUAAUGCACUUCCUCCAAUCAACUGUCUUUGUGCUUCUCGCCAUAGCUCUAGGUCUGGUCACCGCGACGGCUGAGCAAGGCGAUGCCAAUCGCCCCUUUGGAUGUACCUCCGUCCAUCCGGUCGCAUACUGCAGCCGAGAGAUAGGCAAUCAACAAGAAGAGGUGAUCCUAGCCACUCCGGUUAGAAACCAUUUCAGUUGCGAAUCCAAAGGUAUGAAGAACGCCUGGUGUUGUUUCUCAAGACAGUUAAAAAUCGAAGUUGUUGGAGGUCACAAAAGAGUCUCAACAGCUAACCGCCACGAUGUUUGUGUACCCGGACGAGCACCAUCCAAGAAAAACUAGGCUGCGGAGAAGUUAAUACCUCCACUCAAAGUAUCUUCAGCAUAUUCGAUACGCACCAAACAAAGUCCCUCCUUGGUUACACCGUCAUUCCGCUCCUUCCUUACCUUCGAGACCUAUGCACGGAGUUUUCCCAAUG